AUGGAUAGAUGGGAUUUCGAUCGCGACACCAAGUAUCGAAGCAGCAAGAGGAAAGAUAGAGGUGGAGAGAGUGAUGAGGAGGAUCGGUAUGGGGAUAAACGAACUAGGGUUGUGCGGUUUGAUCGGGAGAAAGUUGCCGAUGCUGAGGAAGACACAGAUAGGGAUGAGAGGAGGGAAUUGGAGGAUGGAGAUAAGUUGCAACAACGGAAAUUGAACAGGGAAACAAUCACGAAGAUGAAGAAUGAAGUUAAAGAUGAAUCCUGUGGUGGAGCACCCAGUAAGGCAUAUGGAACCCUACAUGAGACCCCUUUGGCGCCCAGCCACCCUAAUCCUGCUUCUAAGGUAUCAUCAUCACUUUCUACCACACAUGAAACCGAAGGAGUUGAUUCUGCAGAUGCUGGCAAGAUUCGAGGCAUCUCUCUCAAUGCUUUAUCUAUGGCCAAAGCAACUUUACUGAAGCACAAGGGACUUGCAGAAAAGAUGAAGAAGAUCCCGUUGCUAAACAAGGGUACUCACUCAGCAAGAGAUGGCCUCAAACCUCCAUCUAGUUCAGGAAUACCCGCUGCCCCACCACAAUCUGCUGCCCAACUUGGUGGCGGGCUGCCCCGAAAUUCUCAUGAAGCUGUAAAACGGGCACAAGAGCUUGCUGCCAAGAUGGGUUUUAGACAAGACCCAGAAGUGACUGUACAACCAAAGCUUUCUAAAGCCCCUGUUCUUAGUUUGGAUGCAUUUGGUAGGGAAGUCGAUGAAAAUGGCAAUGUGGUCAUUAAUAUACCGAAGUUAAACAUCUUGAGCACCCUUAAGGUUAACAAUAACAAACAGAAGAAAGAUACAUUCCAGAUUCUGAAACCGGAAUUAGAAGUGGAUCUAGAUGAAAACCCACACUUUGAUCCUCGAAUGGGAAUCGAUAAAACUAAACUUUUAAGGCCUAAAAAGAUGACCUUUCAGUUUGUUGAGGAAGGGAAGUGGGCUAAAGAGGCAGAAAUUAUCAAGUUGAAGAGUCAAUUUGGUGAAGCACAAUCGAGAGAGUUCAAAGUAAAACAAGCACAUCGACGUGAUAUUAACCCAAAUCUCAUAGAAGUAGCCGAGAGAAUUAUUAUCAAAGAAAAACCGAAAGACGCUAUUCCUGAUGUUGAGUGGUGGGACGUGCAAGUUCUUGAUUCUGGUACUUACGGAAACGUCACAGAAGGGGGGCCACCUGAUGAUAUACUAAAGAAAGAGAAGAUAACUCUCUACAUAGAACAACCCCACCCAAUCGAACCGCCAGCCGAACCGGCCCCACCGCCGCCUCAUCCUCUAAAACUCACCAAAAAAGAACGCAAAAGACUCCGAACUCAAAGACGCCUCGCCACUGAAAAAGCGCGGCAAGAAAUGAUCCGCCUAGGCCUUCUAGAACCCCCAAAACCCAAACUCAAAAUGUGCAAUCUAAUCAAAGUCCUUGGGUCAGAAGCCACCCAAAACCCGACCCGCCUUGAAAUGGAAAUCAGAAGCGCAGCCGCCCAAUGUGAACAGGCUCAUGUUGACCGGAAUAUCGCCCGGAAGUUGACUCCUACCGAAAGACGCGAAAAGAAAAAACGAAAGCUUUUCGAUGACCAUAAUAAUACCCUUGAAACAAUUGUGUCCGUAUACAAAGUUAAUGACCUUUCGCACCUUCAGACUAGGUUUAAGGUUGAUGAAAAUGCACAGAAGAAUCGGUUGUCGGGGUGUGCGGUUAUUUCGGGGGGUAUUUCUGUCGUGGUGGUGGAGGGUGGGGGUAAAUCGGUAAAACGGUAUCAGAAGUUGAUGUUGGAGAGGAUAAAUUGGGCUGCGGCUGUGAAAGAAGAGAAUAUGCAUGAAGAGGUUGAUGAUGAUGAGGAUGAUGAUGAUGAGAAUAAGUGUGAGUUGGUGUGGCAAGGGAGUGUGGCUAAACCAAGUUUUCAAAAGUUUUUGGUGCAUGAAUGCAGUACAGAAAAUGCUGCUCGCAAAGUGUUUUAUGAUGCUGGAGUUGGUCAUUAUUGGGAUUUAGUGGUUAAUUUCUCAAGGAUGUGCAAUAGUCAAACUAUAAAAUUUGGAGAGAAUGAGAGAUGA